GGGGGCCGGGCCGGAUACUUCCUCCACCGCGGCGCCGAGAGCGGAGUGGCCCAGGGAAGCGGCGUCCAGCCCCGGCCUCCGCACGCCCCCGACCCUCGACCUCCGAUCCUCGACCCCCGAUCCCCGACCCCCGAUCCCCGACCCCCGAUCCCCGACCCCAGACUCCGGAUCCUCGCCCGUGCUAGCCUUCCGCUGCGCCACCGAGGGACCCGGCCGCGAGCUUCGCCGCUGGCCGCCGGCCCUGCCCCGCGGCGAGAUGAAUGACUUUGGACUCAAGAAUAUGGACCAAGUAGCUCCUGUGGCACACAGUUUUCGAGGGACACUCAAGCGCCAGCCAGCCUUCGACACCUUCGACGGGUCUCUGUUUGCUAUUUUCCCCUCUCUAAAUGAAGAGCAAACACUCCAAGAAGUGCCAACAGGCUUGGAUUCCAUUUCUCAUGAUGCUGCCAGCUGUGAGCUGCCUCUGCUGACCCCCUGCAGCAAGGCUGUGAUGAGCCAGGCCUUAAAAGCCACCUUCAGCGGCUUCCAGAAAGAGCAGCGGCGGCUCGGCAUCCCCAGGAACCCCUGGCUGUGGAAUGAGCAGCAAGUGUGCCAAUGGCUUCUCUGGGCCACCAACGAGUUCAGCCUGGUGAACGUGAACCUGCAGCGGUUCGGCAUGAACGGCCAGGUCCUCUGCAACCUCGGCAAGGAGCGUUUCCUGGAGCUGGCGCCUGACUUCGUGGGUGACAUUCUGUGGGAGCACCUGGAGCAGAUGAUCAAAGAAAACCAAGAAAAGACAGAAGAUCAAUAUGAAGAAAACUCACACCUUAACUCCGUCCCUCAGUGGAUUAACAACAACACCUUAGGUUUUGGCGUGGAACAGGCUGCAUAUGGAAUGCAGACCCCAAGUUACCCCAAAAGCGGCCUCUUGGACGGCAUAUGUCCAUCAUCCGUGGCGCCUGGGGUACUGAGCUCCGAGCAGGACUUUCAGAUGUUCCCCAAGUCCCGGCUCAACACCGUCAGCGUCAGCUACUGUUCUGUCAGCCAGGACUUCCCCGGCAGCAACUUGAAUUUGCUGGCCAACAGUUCUGGGAAGCCCAAGGACCACGACUCUCCCGAGAACGGCGGGGACAGCUUCGAGAGCUCAGACUCGCUGCUCCGCUCCUGGAACAGCCAGUCGUCCCUGCUGGACGUGCAGCGCGUGCCUUCCUUUGAGAGCUUCGAGGACGACUGCAGCCAGUCCCUGUGCCUAGGCAAGCCGACCAUGUCCUUCAAGGACUACAUCCAGGAGCGCAGCGACCCGGUGGAGCAGGGCAAACCUGUCAUCCCGGCGGCCGUGCUGGCCGGCUUCACAGGAAGCGGACCCAUCCAGCUGUGGCAGUUUCUCCUGGAAUUGCUCUCCGACAAGUCUUGCCAGUCGUUCAUUAGCUGGACGGGGGAUGGAUGGGAGUUCAAGCUCGCUGACCCCGACGAGGUGGCCCGCCGGUGGGGAAAGAGGAAAAAUAAGCCCAAGAUGAACUACGAGAAGCUGAGCCGGGGCUUACGCUACUAUUACGACAAGAACAUCAUCCACAAGACAUCGGGCAAGCGCUACGUGUACCGCUUCGUCUGCGACCUGCAGAACUUGCUGGGCUUCACACCCGAGGAGCUGCACGCCAUCCUGGGGGUCCAGCCCGACACGGAGGACUGAGGUCCCUGCACCGCCCUGAGCCCACCCCGGGGCCCGGGGGACCCUGAGUGGGGAGCUUGUCCCGACCGGCUGUUCCGAGGACCCCUGAAAGGCGUCCGGGAAAGUCGCCGAGAAGCAGUGGCCUUAUUUCAUCCCAGAAAGCGCCUCUUGGUGGAGGCCAUGCCCCUUGCAGCAACAGACUGUCUGCUUCUCGACUCUGGAGUCUCCAGCCGGGCAGUGCCACUGUGAAAUGGCAGUGGUCAUAAGGAGCUCCAGGAAGCCAGCCUGUGUCUGCCCAGGCCGCGCCGCACCACGCCACGCCACGCGGUGCGGCGGUUCCGACUGCCUGAGAUUCUCCGCGGAGGGAGCGUGUCACGGAUGCACAACCAUUUGCUAACAGGUUUUUGGACUUUUGCAAGGAGGAGCAAUAAACGCGCAAACCGUCUCUGUUGGAGAGGAAUAGGAGGGCGGGAAGGAGACCAGAGAUGCCGUUUCAGAAGUUUGUAUAUAUUGUUGUAAUCUUAUUAUUGCUAUUGGAAUCCUCAUACCGUUCUAUUUAACAGAAGUUGUAUAUUGUAAUUUAAAAUAAUUAUAUAACUAUUUGAAAUAAGAGUGCAGACAUCCACUAUUUUAUUCCAUUUUUCAACAGCACACAUGAGUGGCAUUUUAAGAAGAUUUAAUCUGCCAACACAGCAAAUUAAGAGCAUUGUAAAGUGUGGUAUUUUCAUAUAAUAUACCUAUAGGAAUAAGGUCCACAGGGGUUGUCCCUGGUUUUGGCUCUUGUAUUGAUUUUUUUGUUUGUUUUUGUUUUGCCUUGGUUGUUGCCUGACAAGGACUUUGUACAUUUAGGGAUUUUUUUUUUUUUUUUUUAUAAGAAACUUAAUGUUAUUAUCUUGGGCUGGGGAGGAUGCCUGGCCUCCCUAUUUUCCCCUUUAAUUGUAAAAGCUAUAAAGCAGUAUUUUUCUUGACAAACGGCGUAUGUUUUCCACUUUUCUGCAUGCCUUUCAAUCAGUCUGUACGCAGAUGUCUUUUUAUUUUUUGGUGUUAACCGUGUUUCCCUGACAGCUCACCUCUCCCUGGCCAACCGUUUCCUUUCUGCGCCUCAUGUUACUCUGUGAUUAAAAUAAGAAUACUAUUUUUGGAAAUACGCGACUCCUUUUCAGAGAUCAGGAGGGAUUUAUGUAGCAGCUAUUUUUACUGCAAAAGUAAUUCACUGGAAAAAAAUGUAAUUUGUACGAAAGCUUUAUUUUUAUCUCAGCUCCGUGUCAAGUGAAGAGUGUGUGGGACAGGGCAGGCGGGGAGGCUCUGGGAGGGGAGGGGUCGCUGUUAAACCCUGGACCUGUGUGAACGAAGCGUGGCUUGGGCCGUCUGGAUAGCAUGCUCUGCUUCCCGCUUUGUGUCUUCAGCCAGAGGCUGUUUGGGGGGCUUGGGGUUUGUUUUUCUUCCCAGUUUUCCUGGACACAACACCCAGAGGCACAGAGAAAACGACACAGGCAAGAACUCCUAGUGGUCCCCUGGAGGAGCACGUUUUGAUGUGCUGUGGAGCUCAGGAGCACCGAAGUCCACCAUGUAGUUCUGGCCUUUUUCAAAGGUCAGGUUGCUCUGGCUUCCAAGUGGGACAGAUAUUACUACUUCCUGGCAAACUGGCUUUGGACGUCUCCAAAGACGGAGUCGUCGUGUGACGAGGUUGUGGAAUGGGUCCAGGGCGACCCGGGCGCAGCAGAGCCGGCCUGGGACGACUUGGCCUACGUGUCCAGAGAGAGCACUGCAGCACAGUUCAGCACACGGUGUUUUUUCCAAGUGGGACCUAUUUAUCACUGGGACAUCUGUUUAUAAUAUAAACAGACAUGUGACGGGAACAUCUUGUUGCCAAAAGAAAGCAUAGCCAUCAGCUCGGUUUAGAUGAGUUUGAACCACAUUAAGUUGCCGGUUUGGGGCUGGUUUUUAUCAGCCAAGAUGGCAGUUUAAUGUAAUGCAGCCUAACGGUUUUGGAAAUGUGAGUCCCCAGGAGCCUUUGGCGUGGUAAGGGGCGGAUCUGAAGUAUAAGAGGUUUUGUAAUCCGGCCUUUCUGAAAUAAUAAAGUGUUUGGUUUAUGUAAGCACCA